AUGGACUCCGGAGCAACAGCAUCCGUGAUAAACUCCAAUACGUACGCGCUGCUGAAGAAGCCAAAAUUGCACAAGUGUUCCCGAGUUUUACAUGCGUUUGGACAUACACCAAUACCAUUGCUAGCGGAGCUGCACACUGUCGCAAAGUGCGGGGAGGAAGAAACUUCGACCAAUCUCUUCGGCAUGGAUUUAUUUAACGUUUUCGGAUUCGAUAUCAUGCAAGUAUCGAACAUUUAUGAGGUGCAUAAUGACAAAGUAAGUGACCUCUGCAACAAAUACAGCGAAGUGUUUGAACCAGCUAUGGGUGUCAUUACAGACUUCAAAGCCAGCGUAUUUCUAAAAUCGUCAGCAACGCCAAAGUUUUAUAAAAGCCGCAUAAUUCCGUUCGGUCAGAUGGACAAAUUUAAAGCUGAAGCAGACAGACUCACACAAGCCGGAAUUUGGAAACCAGUCAAGUUCAGCAAUUGGGCAUCCCCAAUUGUGCUCGCACCUAAGCCAGGUGGCGAUAUACGUAUUUGUGGCGAUUUUAAACAGGCAGUCAACGCACAAAUCGACGUCGAACUGUAUCCAUUACCAACAAAAGAAGCUCUAUUCCACAUCAUUCGUCAUGGAAAGCAGUUCAGCAAGAUAGACCUCAAGGAUGCCUAUCUUCAGAUGGAAUUAGAUGAGGCUUCGAAAGAAAUCAUGGUGGUUAACACACCAGUGGGCCUAUUUCAGUAUCAGCGCCUUCCUUACGGGAUUGCAAGUGCACCAGCCAUUUUUCAAAGAUACCUUGAGCAACUUCUAAAGGGAAUAGAAGGUUGUGGCAACUAUUUAGAUGAUAUCAUGAUCUCAGCACCUACAAGCGAGGAACAUCUGAACCGAAUCGACCAAGUUCUCAGCACUCUUCAAGCGAACGGCAUCAGAUGCAAAAGGCAAAAAUGCUUCUUUUUCAAGGACGAAAUUGAAUAUUUAGGGCGAAGAAUUAGCGCAAACGGAAUUCUUGCAGACAGCUCAGGCUUGGAGGCUUUGGCUGCUCCAUUGAACCAGCUUCGCAGGAAAGAUGUAGCCUUAUUUUUUGGUCCACAACAGCAACAAGCUUUUACAGCUCUUAAGUCCCACAUUAUUAACGCAACGCAGCUAGCUCACUUUGACGAAAAUUUACCGCUAGUGCUCGCUACAGAUGCCUCAUCCUUUGGCAUCGGGGUAGUCCUUUCGCAUCUUCAGCCAGAUGGCGGAGAGAGACCCAUUGUUUUCGCAUCCAAGACGCUCGACAAGCAUCAGGUUAAAUACAGCCAAAUCGAAAAGGAAGGACUUUCCAUAAUAUUUGGAGUAAAACGUUUCCAUCAAUACCUUUACGGAAGAAAAUUUAUCCUGAUCACAGACCACAAGCCGCUUGUUACCAUUUUUAAUCCAGGCAAGCAUCUUCCGUUGAUGACGUCAAACAGGAUACAGCGUUGGGCCAUUAUUCUCUUGGCCUACAAUUUCGAUAUACAGUAUCGAUCCACAUCUGCUCAUGGUAAUGCGGAUGCCCUUUCACGCCUUCCAGUGGGUACAGAUCCAGAUUUCGACAAAGAAGAGGAAGCUUGCCAUACUGUAGUCGAAGUGUCAACACCGAUAAAUUCAGAGCUCAUUUGCAACCACAUGGACAAAGACGAACUCCUCAAACAAGUCCUGCACUUCUUCAAGUGCAACAAUCCUACACCACACUCUCUUGGUGGUGCAGGAUUGUUGCACUUGAAGAUGCUGCAUGACCAAAGUUGGCCAGCAGCAAAAACAGCAUGGGAGCGAAUUCAUAUCGACUUCGCCGGUCCAAUUUUUGACGCUAUGUGGCUCAUAUGCGUAGACGCCUAUUCACAGUUUACAUUUGUAAUCCAAAUGUCGUCUACAACAACCGCCAACACGAUCGCUGCAUUGUCUUCGAUUUUCGCCAUCGAAGGAUACCCGAAAACCAUGGUUAGCGACAACCGUCCUCAGCUUACAGCUAACGCCUUCGAAGAAUUCUGCAAACUGCACGGUAUAAAGCAUGUUACCACAGCACCAUUCCACCCAGCAUCCAACGGAUUAGCAGAACGUUUUGUGCAGACGUUCACUCCAAAGGCCCAAGGUAAAACUCCUGCCGAGUUAAUCCACGGUAGACCAGUCCGCACCGUGCUUAGUCAACUUUUCGAGAAGCCUGUCGAAGCUAAACAAACAAUCACGAAGUACAUCCCUAAUCAAAUGGUAUACGCUCGAAACUAUUCAAGGGGAGAAAAGUGGAUUGAAGGCAUAAUCGACCGUCCAGUUGGAAAAAUGCUUUUCAUCGUUCGCACCUCAAAUGGCUAUAUCAAGCGCCAUUUCAACCAGCUGAAACCGAAGUUGUCAACAAACAACUCCAUCGAGGAACCUCCAGAGUUUUGGUGGAUUCCGGAACUGCCAAAGCCGUCCUUAAACCAAGAAACACAGCGACAAGAACAACCGCCAACACCGACAUCCCUGCCUCGAGUGUCGCAAGACACUUUGAAAAUCAACUCCUCGACGGGGAGCGACCACAGGUGGGACCAUCCCCACCCAGGAGCGCAGCCACCGCCAGGAGUGCGUCUCGGACGCAAGAUGUGGGACAUCCCCCACAACGGUCUACUGUUCCAGUCCGGGAAUGUGCGCGACCAGCAGGACCAUCCCGGCUGGCUCGCCCACCCCCCGCGGCUGGACAGAGGACCAGGCCUGCCGCGAAGAAGGAUGUCCUCCCAGCCAGAGGACAACCUGGAGGCAUAG